UAUUUUUUAAAAUUUAUUUUUUAAAAACGUUUGACGCCUCUUUACCUUCACUCACAUACUCACACUCAAAGCUUCCCUCGCAAGCUUAACUCUUCUUCUUCCUCUCCCUCAUUCUCUCUCCUCUUUCAUCUUCACAACAUUUUCUCUCUCCUCCAUUUUCAGAACAAUUCAUCUUCGCAAUCAUGAGACGCAGCACAAGGAGAUCAACAAUGGCGGUUUCUAUUCACAGUUCUCUCGAUUUUGACUCUAACAGAAUAAGUACCAGAAGAUCUUCCUCCAUUCUUCCUCAAUCCGACGAAACCCGUAAUCCGGCUGGGAACUUUACCACCAAAUUUUCGAUGUCCUCAUUUGUAAAGAAAGUGGAACAGUUAACACAUGAUCAGAGAACUGCUAUUGAAAAAGUUGGGUUUGGGAAUUUGCUACGCGUUCCUCAUCAUACCCUCCGAAAAAAUCUGUUAGUUGAAUGGAUGGAGCGUUGGGACAGUGAGAAAAGGGCAUUUGUACUUCAUGAUAAGGAGCUUACCAUUACUGAUAUGGAUGCUGCAUUGAUCUUGGGGUUGCGUACUGUUGGUAAUCCUGUAAGUUUGAGUGAAGAAGAUCCAUUAUCUGAAAUGGAAAGGGAGUAUGGAGCUACCAUAAUUAAUCGAAAAAUCAGUAUGUCUGCAAUUGAGGGAAGGUUACAAUCCCUUGGUGAUGAUGCCAGUGAAGAUUUUGUAAGGAAUUUCUUGCUAUUUAUGUUUGGGAUGAUUCUUUUCCCAAGUUCAAAUGCUAAACUAGACUCGCGCUAUCUGUCCUUUCUUAAAGACCUUGAGGGAGUGUCCAAGUAUGCUUGGGGUAGGGCUGUUGUUGAGGACCUAUUCAACUGGUUAUCUAGAAGGAAAGAGGAACAAAUAAAAAGUAUUGAAGGUUGCCUUAUUCUUCUCCAAAUUUGGUCCUACGAACAUAUAGACAUUGGGCGUCCAAUUCUGAUUAGUUGCUCGGUGGACUUCCCUCGAGCUUGCCGUUGGGAAAGUAGUAGGUGUAACAGCCCAAGGCAUUGGUUCACUUCCAAGUUCAAUGAGGUUGAAGAGAAUCAGGUAAUAUUGAAGCUGCAACCAACAGCAACUGAGAUGAAUAAUGAUUACAUACGAGAGCUACUUACUGAAGAAGCUGCGGGAGGAGAAAAGAUUCUCUCAACUAGGACAAACAUCACAACAUCUAAGACAAAAGAAGUCCCAUCAAAGUGUUUAAGCCAGAAGACUUUGUUAAAUGAGAAACCAGAGGGAGGGGUUGCAAGAGGCAAGCAUGAUCAACGAGCUGAUUUUCCAGAGUGUUCUGGAAUAUCAGAAAUAACAUCAGAAGAAUGCGAGAGAGAAGAGGUUCUGUCAACUAGAACAAGAGCCACAACAUCUGCGCCUAUUGGGCUCCCACCUAAGCAUGAUCAGCGAGCUGAUAUUCCAGAGAAUUCUGGAAUAUCAGGAAUAUCAUCAGAAGGAUUUGAGAGAGAAGAGGUUAUGUCAACUAGAACAAGAGCCACAACAUCUUCGGCAGUUGGUCUCCCACCUAAGAGUUUAAGCCGACAUGCUAUAUUGGAUAAGAAGCCUGACGAAGGUACAGAAAGAAGCAAGCAUGAUAAUCAAGACUUACCACAGGAUUCUAGGCAGUCAAUGGAUGUGUCAGUGAUGACUGAAGAUUAUGCGGAAUGUUCCUCAUCGUAUGGUUUGCAAGAGGACCAGAGUGCAGAGACAUCCCUUAAUGUUAAUGUCAUUACUGAAGAGUAUGUUUUGGAGAAUGAGAAACUCAAGAGAGAAAAUGCUGUUAUGAGGAAGAUAUUAGAAGACCUAAGAAAGGAAAAUGCUGAGCUAAAAGAAGAUAACCAACGCUUGAGGGCUCCUCCUGCACUUGCUGAUAAUAUAGAAAGGCUUAUUGAUGAAUACUUUGAUGGAGUUUAGGCUGCUUCGGAAGUUGUUUGUUUUCGAUGAAUUCAAUUCCUAUGCCAUAGAAGCAGCAUCAGCUGAUUGUUUAUCAUUGGAUAAACGUGCAUACAUUCAACAUCUGAUUUCUGCUCUCUGGUAUAAGUAAUUAUGUGUACUGGUAUGAUUGCAUUAUAUACUGACUAUAGUCCCAUGCUGUAAGUACUAGUUUAUAGAGUGUGAUCCAAUUUUCGAGUUAAACAAUUAGAGACUGUUGUAGUCCUUAUAGGAAUAUUCCUUUAUCUUCACAUCUAUAGGAAAAUAAACUCGAUGUAUGAAAGUCUAGAAAAACUCUGUUACACAGCCUUGUCUGUAUAAGCUGCAGUUGCAGUAGCAUUGCUAGUGUAUAUAAUUUGAAGAAAAUUUUCUAAUAUUCAUGUGUGUAUUUAUAUUU